UUGUAUCUCUUUAUAUGGGGGGGAAGGGUUGGGGGAUACCUCCGCCGCCAGCGCGUGGUCCCGGCCCCCUCCACCCGCGGUCUCGGCCGCGGCCAGCAGCCCCUGCCCCCCGGGGGACGCUGACGGCCGCAGGGCGCGCCUCCCCGGCACACGGACAGGGGGCGCUGCGCGCGGCCUGGGGCAACCCCGGCCAUAGGGGCAGGAAAGUGAGGGCCCAGGUCGGCCCGGGCGUGCAGGGGACCCGGGUUCGCAGCGGCGGCCGCGGCAGCGUGAGCGGCGCUAGCAGCAGCGGGAGUGCCCGGUGGAACCGGGAAGCCGAUGGCGGCGGCGGCCCCGAUUCCUCGCUGACUUGCCCGUCCGCCCUCCUGCACUGAGCGCCAUGUUACCGAGCCAAGCUGGGGCCGCGGCGGCUCUGGGCCGGGGCUCGGCCCUGGGGGGCAGCCUGAACCGGACCCCGACGGGGCGGCCGGGCGGCGGAGGCGGCGGAGGGACUCGCGGGGCGAACGGGGGCCGGGUUCCCGGGAACGGCGCGGGGCUCGGCCCGGGCCGUCUGGAGCGGGAGGCUGCAGCGGCAGCGGCGCCCACCCCGGCGCCCACCGCCGGGGCCCUCUACAGCGGCAGCGAGGGCGACUCUGAGUCCGGCGAGGAGGAGGAGCUGGGCGCCGAGCGGCGCGGCCUCAAGCGGAGCCUGAGCGAGAUGGAGCUCGGCGUGGUGGUCGGUGGGCCCGAGGCGGCGGCGGCAGCCGCCGGCGGCUACGGGCCGGUGAGCGGGGCGGUGAGCGGGGCCAAGCCGGGGAAGAAGACCCGGGGCCGCGUGAAGAUCAAGAUGGAGUUCAUCGACAACAAGCUGCGGCGCUAUACGACCUUCAGCAAGAGGAAGACGGGCAUCAUGAAGAAGGCCUAUGAGCUGUCCACGCUCACAGGGACACAAGUGCUGUUGCUGGUGGCCAGUGAGACAGGCCACGUGUAUACCUUUGCCACCCGCAAACUGCAGCCCAUGAUCACCAGUGAGACCGGCAAGGCACUGAUUCAGACCUGCCUCAACUCUCCGGACUCUCCACCCCGCUCAGACCCCACCACAGACCAGAGAAUGAGCGCCACUGGCUUUGAAGAGCCGGAUCUCACCUACCAGGUGUCGGAAUCUGACAGCAGCGGGGAAACCAAGGACACACUGAAGCCAGCAUUCACAGUCACCAACCUGCCGGGUACCACCUCCACCAUCCAAACAGCUCCCAGCACCUCGACCACCAUGCAAGUCAGCAGCGGCCCCUCCUUCCCCAUCACCAACUACCUGGCACCAGUGUCUGCCAGCGUCAGCCCCAGUGGUGCCAGCAGUGCCAACGGGACUGUGCUCAAGAGCACAGGCAGUGGGCCUGUCUCCUCCGGGGGCCUAAUGCAGCUGCCCACCAGCUUCACCCUCAUGCCUGGUGGGGCGGUGGCCCAGCAGGUCCCUGUGCAGGCCAUUCAGGUGCACCAGGCCCCACAGCAAGCGUCUCCCUCUCGUGACAGCAGCACAGACCUCACGCAGACCUCCUCCAGCGGGACAGUGACGUUGCCCGCCACCAUCAUGACGUCGUCUAUACCCACAACUGUGGGUGGCCACAUGAUGUACCCUAGUCCCCAUGCAGUGAUGUAUGCCCCCACCUCGGGCCUGGCUGAUGGCAGCCUCACCGUGCUCAAUGCCUUCUCCCAGGCACCAUCCACCAUGCAGGUGUCCCACAGCCAGGUCCAGGAGCAAGGUGGUGUCCCUCAGGUGUUUCUGACAGCAUCCUCUGGGACCGUGCAGAUCCCUGUUUCUGCAGUUCAGCUUCACCAGAUGGCUGUCAUAGGGCAGCAAGCUGGGAGCGGCAGCAACCUCACCGAGCUACAGGUGGUGAACUUGGACGCCACCCACAGCACCAAGAGUGAAUGAUCCGCCCGCCACCCUGGACAGAUGGCCAAGGGACGGCACCACUUAUUUAUUGUUGCCUUUUCACGUUUCUUUACACACACAUUGACUGGCCGAAGGAGGGAGGCAGGAGAAGGAGAGGGCAGCCACAGGACUGUGCCCUCUCACUCCAGCCAAAGAAAUGGGCCUGCCCGCCCUCCACCUGCCCUCCCUCACCCCUCCUUCCUACCCCACCUGUCGUGCUGUGGAUGGUGGGGCUGUCCUCCUCCUCAGACCCCUGCCAGCUUGGCUCAAUGUUUGCUAUGAGUAUUAGCUCACCAGUGGGACUGUGCCCACCUUCCCACUCACAGGCCUUCUGUGGGACUGGGCACAGUGUCCCCCCUCUGAGGAAGCAUUUGGGGCCCUCUCUCCAGCCUGUUUGGUGACCUCUGGUUAGUUCUAUGCUGCCACGGUCUGGGUCAAAAGAGCCCUGCCCCUGCCCCUCAGGGAGCCAGCUGGAAGAGAGGGGGUUCUUCCCUCAUACCACCCCCCUCUGCCCCUUUCAGCUCCUGGAUAGCUGGGCCUGUGCACUGGGCAGGUUACUGGGGCCACCUGCCCUGCCUUGCCCCUCUGUUCCCUGGACCUGCAGGGGCUCUUGGGUUGGAGGGAACCAACAGUGUUCUCUCUCCCCCUGUCUUCCCCCUUCUCCCAGCUGCUUUACUUAAAAGUUGAUUUUGAACUUUUUAUUUGAGGAGAUGAAGUGAAAACAAAUCUAUAAAUAUAUAUUUUUAAAAUAUUUAACUUUUUUUUAAUGGUGUUUUUCUCAUCCCCCUCCCUGCCCAAACUCCCCUUUCCUGGGGAGCCCUUAGGCUCUCUAGAACUGGUUGGGCCCCUGAGGACAGCCCCCCAUGAGCUCGGGGCCCACCAGUGUGCAUGCGGGAGAUUUUGGGUUUGUCCCACGUCCUGGGUUCUUUCCAGGAGAAAGCUGAGGAAGGGGCCCUCAGGCCAUGCCGCAAAAGGGGAGGGGAGGGUUACCCACAACUCUAGGCCUCUUUUACCCUGUAGGGUUGUGGCUAGGAAGAGGGAGACCAAAUGUGGGGGUAGGGUGGGAGGGGGCCAGGCAGAGGAGAUGGAUUUCAUUUGUGCCACAGCACAUCAUUGCAGCCUUGUGCCCCCAGGCUUACGGCUACCUGGGGCCCAGGCUGCAGUGAGCAGGAGGGGGUCUGGGAGGUGGGGAGACACAGGAAUGGGGGUCAUAUAGGAGCAGCUCUUGGGCUGAGCGCAGCAAUGGAGAGCCAGAAAUGGGCAGCUCUCCCAGGGAGUAAGCAGCUACUGUAACUUUUUUAAAUUAAGACAAAAAGCCUCGAAGAAAAUGACUUUAUUUUUCUAAGUGUAGCCUCAGUAUUUAUGUAAUUUGUACAGGGCCAUGCCCCACCCCUUAGAACCCACUAGGGGACCUUGAGGGUGGGCUAGCAUGGGGGGGUAUUUUACCCUGUGUCAGAGCCAGCCUAAACCUCCUGUGUCCAUAAGGGAGCUUCUCCAGAAGGGCAGUUGGGGUAGAGUGUCCUCUAACCCCUUACUCCUGCCCUCAGUAGGCUUGUGCCUGCUUCUGAGGCUAGGUAAAGGUGGCGAGGGUUUUAUGCACACCUAGGUAUCACGGGAGGAUCUAUUGACAUGUUUGAGAAUCCCCCAACCUCUGAUCCCCAUUGCUGUCUUCUUACCCAGCUGAGGAGGCCACCGUUCUGGCUUUCUCCUGGAAAUAGCUGGGGCUUUGGGUAGCUUUCAAGACUGGGGCAUGGUAAACCAGGGGCCAGAGUGGGGGAGCUUGGGACUCAGGUCUGUAACUGCCCAGCCCCUUUCUCUGUACUUGGUUCACUCCACUACCACUCACCACUCCCCCAACACAUAGGAGGAGAUGUUAAUUCCUCCUCACAAAAGACAGAUCUGGUGAGUGAAUCAGGCAAAGUGCUUAUAAUGUGUGCUGUGUGAUUGGCCUUGGGAGAAUCUGCGUGUCAGGAUUGAGGUGGCAUUUCUAUGUGCAGCGACCCUUGGUGUUUCCCUUCCUAAGUGGCUCUGGGGUGUGUGUGUGCUUGUGUUAGAGUGAAUGCUUGUGUGAAUGUGGGGUGUAUGUGGGUAUAUCAGUGGUUUCUACUUCUCCUGGGAUGUUGACCCAGGAAUAGUGGACAUGGUCACAUCCUAUGUACAGAGCUUUCUUUUGUAUUAAAAAAAGAUUACUCUUUCAAUAAAUGUAUCAUUUUUGUGCACAGA